UCACGGGUGAAAAGGUUAAUAAGACCGUCAAUGAAUCUGAUGAAGUGACUCUCCAUUGCGAUGCAAUUGGUAACCCUGCACCAAAGAUAACGUGGAUGAAGGAUGGAAAACCUGUGGCUUAUGGCGAUACACUACGCUUCACAGCUCUGAGGAAUGAUUCCGGAAUAUACCUGUGUUUGGCAGAUAACGGGUUGAAUGUCACUGUCAAAGCGAGAACUCACCUUAAUGUACAAUAUCCUCCAAGCUUCUCCAUAAAACCUUCUGACAAAACUGUCGUAGAGGCUGAUGACGUAACGUUUACCUGUAAUGCAACCGGUAACCCAACCCCAAAGAUAGUGUGGAUCAAGGAUGGUACGACUGUGUCUCAUGGGGAAACUUUGAGUUUGACGCCGAAUAAGGGUGAAUCUGGAGAGUACUGGUGUUCUGCGGAGAAUGGACUGGGUCCUGCUAUCAAUACAAGUGCCUAUCUUGAUGUACAAUUUCCAGCAAACCUAACAACUACACCAGUAAAUCAAACUGUCCUCGAAGGAGAAACAGCCACAUUGGAUUGUGCAGCCUCUGGUAACCCAACACCAAACAUAUCUUGGAUCAAGGAUGGGAUUACUGUGGGUAAAGGAGAUCACCUCAGCUUAGUAGUCAACAGGAAUCAGUCCGGAAAUUACUGGUGUGUGGCAGAAAAUGGAUUUCAAACUAUUGCCAAUGCUAGUGCCUAUCUGAAUGUGCUGUUUGCACCAAGCAUUACAGUCCGACCGACUAAUCAAACCGUUGAAGAGGGUGGCCUAGCUACGUUCAACUGCAGUGCCAUUGGAAACCCAGUCCCAAAUAUAACCUGGAUUAACAAUGGGAAGACUGUGACUCAGGGAAACACACUGAGUAUUGAUGCCAACAGGAAUCACUCUGGAAGAUACUGGUGUUUAGCAGAUAACGGAUUGAAUCCAACUGUCAACGCUAGUGCCAAUCUUGAUGUGCAAUUUUCACCGAGUAUUACCAUUAAGCCAACUGACAAGACUAUUACUGAAGGUGAUAUGGUAGCCUUCCGCUGCACUGCCAGUGGGAACCCAAUUCCAAAGAUAAAAUGGAUCAAAGAUGGGAAGACUUUGGCUGAGGGUGACACACUAAGCCUUAAAACAAACAGAACCCAAUCUGGAAAGUACUGGUGUUCAGCACAGAAUGGAGUGAAGUCUGCAGUUAAUGCUAGCGCCAAUCUUGAUGUUCAGUUUCCACCAAGCUUUACUGCGAGACCAAGCAACCAAACUGUUGUCGAAGGAAUGAAUGUAACUUUCCUUUGCACUGCCACUGGGAACCCAACUCCGACUAUAACGUGGAUGAAAGAUGGGAGUUCUGUGGCUGAAGGAGAGACUCUCGGCUUUGAAACCAGCAGGAAUGAUUCUGGAAAAUAUUGGUGUUUGGCUAAGAAUGGACUGGGUGAAGCUAUCAAUACAACUGUCUAUCUUGAUGUACAAUUUUCCCCGAGUAUUAUCAGCCAACCAACGGAUAAGACUGUUAUUGAGGGAGAUAUGGCAACCUUCCAGUGUACUGCCACUGGCAACCCAGCUCCUAAUAUAACGUGGAUGAAAGAUGGGAAGACUGUGGCUGAAGGAGACACACUUAGCUUCAAACCCAACAGAACUCAAUCUGGAAAAUACUGGUGUUUGGCAGAUAACGGAUUAAAGUCUCCUGUAAAUACCAGCGCCAAUCUUGAUGUCCAGUUUCCACCAAGCUUUACGUGGAAACCAGCCAACCAGACUGUUAUGGAAGGAACAAAAACUGCAUUCCAUUGUAAUGCCUCUGGGAACCCUACUCCAAAGAUUUCGUGGAUGAAAGAUGGGAAUGCUUUGGCCGAGGGAAACUCUUUCAGCCUUGAAACCAACAGAAACAAUUCUGGAAAUUAUUGGUGUUUGGCUAAGAAUGGAGUGGGUGAAACUAUCAACACCACUGCCUAUCUUGAUGUACAAUUUUUCCCAAGUAUUGUCGUCAACCCAACGAACAAGACUGUAGCAGAAGGAAAUAAGGUAUCCUUCAACUGUACUGCCACUGGGAAUCCAACUCCAACAAUAACGUGGAUUAAAGAUGGCAAGACUGUAGAGGAAGGAGAUACACUGAGCUUUGAAGCUAACAGAACUCAAUCUGGAAAAUACUUGUGUUUAGCAGACAAUGGAUUGAAGUUUACCGAUAAUGCUAGUGCCAAUCUUGAUGUUUUGUAUCAACCAAGUUUUACUUCGAGACCAAGCAACCAAACUGUUAUCGAAGGAACGAAUGUAACUUUCCUUUGCACUGCCACUGGGAACCCAACUCCAACCAUAAAAUGGAUGAAGAAUGGCACUUCCAUGUCUGAAAAAGACACUCUCACCUUUGAAACCAGCAGGAAUGAUUCUGGAAAAUAUUGGUGUUUGGCUAAGAAUGGGCUGGGUGACGCUAUCAAUACGACAGUUUAUCUUGAUGUGCAAUACCCAUCAAGUAUCAUCAUUAAGCCAACGGACAAAAUUAUUAUCGAGGGUAAUUUUGUAACCUUCAGUUGUGUUGCCACUGGUAACCCAACUCCAAAGAUAACAUGGACUAAAGAUGGGAAGACUGUGGGUGAAGGAGACACACUGAGUUUUGAAACCAACAGAACUCAAUCUGGGGAAUACUGGUGUUCGGCAGAGAACGGAGUAAAAGCUGUUGUCAAUGCCAGCGCUAAUCUUGACGUCCAAUUUCCACCAAGCUUUGAUUCAAGACCAACAAAUCAAACUGUUAUUGAGGGAACGAAUACAACUUUCCAUUGCACUGCCACUGGGAACCCAACUCCAACUAUAACGUGGAUGAAAGAUGGAAAAUCUGUGGCAGAAGGACACACUCUCAGCUUUGAAACCAGCAGGAAUGAUUCUGGAAAAUAUUGGUGUUUGGCCACGAAUGGACUUGGUGAAUCUAUCAAUACAACUGUCAAUCUUGAUGUACAAUACUCCCCGAGUAUCAUCCUCAAGCCAGAGGAUAAGAUUGUUUCCGAAGGAAAAUUGCUAACCUUCCAGUGUGCUGCCGCCGGAAAUCCAUCUCCAAAGAUAACGUGGACUAAAGAUGGAAUAACUAUGGCUGAAGGAGACACACUGAGUUUUAGACCCAACAGAACUCAAUCUGGAAAGUACUGGUGUUCUGCAGAGAAUGGGGUGAAAUCUGCUGUCAAUGCCAGCGCCAAUCUUGAUGUCCAGUUUCCACCAAGCUUUGAUUCAAGACCAACAAAUCAAACUGUUAUUGAGGGAACGAAUACAACUUUCCAUUGCACUGCCACUGGGAACCCAACACCAACUAUAACGUGGAUGAAAGAUGGAAAAUCUGUGGCAGAAGGACACACUCUCAGCUUUGAAACCAGCAGGAAUGAUUCUGGAAAAUAUUGGUGUUUGGCCACGAAUGGACUUGGUGAAACUAUCAAUACAACUGUCAAUCUUGAUGUACAAUACUCCCCGAGUAUCAUCCUCAAGCCAGAGGAUAAGAUUGUUACCGAGGGAAAAUUGCUAACCUUCCAGUGUGCUGCCGCUGGAAACCCAGCUCCAAAGAUAACGUGGACUAAAGAUGGAAUAACUAUGGCUGAAGGAGACACCCUGAGUUUUAGACCCAAUAGAACUCAAUCUGGAAAGUACUGGUGUUCUGCAGAGAAUGGGGUGAAAUCUGCUGUCAAUGCCAGCGCCAAUCUUGACGUCCAAUUUCCACCAAGCUUUGAUUCAAGGCCAACAAAUCAAACUGUUAUUGAGGGAACGAAUACAACUUUCCAUUGCACUGCCACUGGGAACCCAACACCAACUAUAACGUGGAUGAAAGAUGGAAAAUCUGUGGCAGAAGGACACACUCUCAGCUUUGAAACCGGCAGGAAUGAUUCUGGAAAAUAUUGGUGUUUGGCCACGAAUGGACUUGGUGAAACUAUCAAUACAACUGUCCAUCUUGAUGUACAAUACCCCCCGAGUAUCAUUCUCAAGCCAUCGGACAAGAUUGUUGCUGAAGGAGACAUGGUAACCUUCCAGUGCGCUGCCACUGGGAACCCAACUCCAAAGAUGACGUGGACUAAAGAUGGGAAAACCGUGGCGGAAGGAGACACACUGAGUUUUAGAACAAACAGAACUCAAUCUGGAAAAUACUGGUGUUCGGCAGAGAAUGGAUUGAAGCCUUCUGUAAAUGCCAGCGCGAAUCUUGAUGUCCAGUUUCUACCAAGUUUUACUUCGAGGCCGAGCAACCAAACUGUUAUUGAAGGGGCGAAUGUAAGUUUCCUUUGCACUGCCACCGGGAACCCAGCUCCGACUGUAACGUGGAUGAAAGAUGGGAGUUCUGUGGCUGAAGGACACACUCUCAGCAUUGAAACCAGUAGAAACGAUUCUGGAAAAUAUUGGUGUUUGGCUGAGAAUGGACUAGGUGAAGCUAUCAAUACGACGGUCUAUCUUAAUGUGCAAUGUAAGUUUGAUAUAUAA